AUGGACCCUUUUGAUCCUGUCAGAAAUGAGGAGAGCAGUGGCUAUUCCAAGCGACGCACUUCGAUUUUAAAGAUGCCACGGAAAUCCAUAAUAUCUGCGGAAGUGGAGCAACAAGAACAUGUGGUGGAAUGUGCAAAGCUUUCAGAUAAGAGGAUUUCAAGAAGAGUCAGUUUUGCUCCAGCCAAUGAUGUGCUUUUAUUCUCCAAAGAGGCCAAAAAUCCCUCACCUUUAAAAAGUCCUCUGCAGUUGUCUGCAGGCAGUGCCACACAAAAUAGGGUCCAGAUGAAAGUCACUCAAGACCAACAGUUUACUGGAAUCUGUGGAGAGAAAACAAUGAUCUUUCCUUCUGACGAUCUGGACAUGACCCAGUGUCAUACCGUCAGAAUCACAAAUGACGAAAACUUUCUGGACACGUCCCACGGCCUCUUGCACGGAGACAAAACUGUGAUGUUUGACCGAUCCAUGGACAUGACUCUGAGCCAAACUUUAAACAUGAUCUGUGACCAAGACAUGUCAUUCUCAAGUAAACCAACAACCCCAAGGGCAUUUCCUUUUACUUCUCAGAUGACUCCCGGUUCACAGUUCUUUUCUUAUGAUAACACUGAUAAAGAAAAUUAUGUACCAAAGUUGAACAAAUCCACAAUUAAAAAGAUGGGAGAGCCUAAUGUUAGUUUCAAAGAUGAAAUGGUCAUGCCUGAAGACAAUCCGCUUCAGUGUUUAUUCCCACAAGAGAUCUUCGCUGAACCUGAAAAACGGAAAUCUCAACCCACCUCUACAGACAAAAAAUUCACUAGUGAUUCUAUUGAAAAUGAUUCCAAGCAAAGAUUAACCGUCAACUCUAACUCAAAAGACAAUGUCAGGAGUGAGAAAACGAUUGUUUUCUCUGAUGGAGGGUUCAUGGACAUCACUCAGAAUUACACCAGUAACAUUGUAGUGGCUCCAUCGGCCUCCUCUGGUCUGGAAAUUAAUGAUUUAAAAGAAAAAAAAAGCAUCACCACUGGCCUCUCUACAUUGGCUUCAGAAAGACACGAUGAUCCUCUUCAGUGUCUGUUUCCUUUACAAGAGAGAGCUCUACACAAGGACAGCAAACUUCACCAAGAAUCGAGCCAUAAAGGCUUGGAGACAACUUUGAAAACUUUGAACACGCCAAGACACCAGAUAAUGGUUGGCUCAGAAGAAGAGAGUCAAGAGAAAACUCUGCGGUUCUCCUCAGAUGAAGCGUGUAUGGAUGUGACCAGGAGCCACACAGUCAAGAUCUCCUCUGACCUCCACCUGCAAGGGGAACUGGAGAGUCUACCUCUGGGUGGAGAGAAGACCGUACGAUUCUCCACACAUGAUGCAAGGAUGGACAUGACUCAGUGUCUGACUGUUAAUAUCACCAGAGAUCUGCUUCCCAAUUCAACUACAGGGCCACAACAAGAGGCAGUCACGUCUCUGCCUGGCCAAAGUGUUGAUUUAGAAUUUGAAAACUUUUUUGCAUCCCUUUCUGGGCAAAAUCCGAAAGUGGCUUUUGAAGCUGAAGAGCCCUGUAGAGAGAGAACAGUGCGCUUUGCAGCAGAUGAGGCUCUUAUGGAUGUGACCAGCUGUCACACAGUUCACAUUUCUACAGACUUCAAACCAGAUCUCCCAUGUUCAGAGAAGACCAUUCGCUUUGAUGUGAAUGAUGCAGCAAUGGACGUUACCCAGUGCCACACAGUCAACAUUGCAAAAGAUUUUGACCCAUGUCUUCAUGAUGACAAUUUGGGUCUUUUACCUAAAUAUGGAGAGAAAACUGUUCGCUUCAACGCUGACGAUGCCACUAUGGACAUGACAAGAAGCCAGACUGUGAAUAUUGGCUAUGAGCCAAAUGAAAAUUUUAACAGUUUACCUAAAUAUGGAGAGAAAACCGAGAGAAUUAACACUGCUAUGGAUGAAACCCAGUGUCUCACAGUAAACAUCGCCACAGAAAUUAGACCAAAACCCUGUUUGAGUCUUACACAGAUGUGUGCGGCUGACCCCGAGCCCCGGACGGAUCAGAACAGUUACCCCACAUCAGGAGAAAAGACUCUGAGGUUCAGUGUUGAUGAUGCAAACAUGGAUGUGACCAAAUCUCACACCAUGGUGAUAGAUGUGGCACCACAGGUGAUUCGGGGCUGGGACACACUCACUCCGCAUGAGGACAAGACUGUAAAGUUCAGCUCAGAUGAGGGCGGGAUGGAGCAUCACCACGGACAUGCCGCCUGCUCUGAAGAAGAGGGAGCCCAGUAUUUACCCAGUAUUUACAGUAAUCGGAGGUGCAAAUCUUUGGGCAGACAAGGUUUAAACGCAGCCCUCAAUGUAAGGAAAAGUGUCCCCCGGAGCAAUCCUCUUACUCAAGCAGCUCCAACUCCUGGAACUGAUGAUGAGGACUUUGUUAAACCCACAAAAACUGGUACUCAGAAUGGAAACAUGGGCAUUCUGUCAGUGAUUGAGGAGAAGUCUAUAGCUGAAGUUUCACUAAAGGAAAAAUGUCUAGAUAACAGUAUGGAAAUGAACAUAACAGAAGCGCUACCUGUUCAAAUACAGAAAAAUAGCAGCUUAGAAUCACCUCUAAAAGAUCUGGCCCCAAGUGCAGAGCAGCAGACCACUGAAGAUCCUGUUUCCAAGUGUGAAUUGAAAAUAAAAAUCCUCCCGGGUUCCCCUCAAAGUAAUACAAAAAAUGAUUAUGAGCAAGAAGUUGUAGGUAAAUCAGAGUGCUUCCCCAGAUCUAUGGAAAAAGAUAACGAAGAAAUCAGUUCACGCAAAAGCUGUAGAAUGAGUUUAGCUGACAUCCAGUCCAAAAUAAGACGCAUCAGUCAAAAGUUAAAUGCACCUACUGAUGACGAUGUUGUAUACAAUGUCAACAUUCCCAUGCCAUUCCCAGAUCUGGAACCCAAACUGGAAGCAGAUAAACCCAAAUUACUUCAAGCAGAUGAGCAAGUUGAUUUGGAGAAGAACGAAAAUAAGUCAGAUGCCCUGGAAGAACCAUUUUGUGCUCCAACCACUCCAUUCAAACUGGAGACCAAACAGCUCAUGUCCAGAUUGUCCGUGGUGGGCUUCAAACCAAAACUCACCAAGAGAAGCAAAAGUGAGGAGAUUAAAACAGUAGAUGUCAGUCAGGCUGCAGGCGAACCUACCAAGACGCAAAAUAUUCAAGGGCAAAACCAAACAGGCAACAUUGAUCUAAACGUUAGCGAUAUUAACGAUGAAGAGCUCGGGAGUUACGAAGAUGUGUCAGAAACCCUGGACACAAAAAGUCUGGACAAUGAGCCGGAAAUGGUUACUUCAUAUCAUGAGUUUGAUCUGGACCAGGAACUGCAAGAUGAAGUGUUCGAAGAGGAGCGUGAGCUCGUCAAUGAAAAGAAGCGCCCACUUGAUGAAGAGUAUAUCACAGAGAAUGAGAAGAGACUGAAGAGAUCCAAUGACACGAUAAUAUUGGAUUCCCAGGCUUGUACUUUGGAGUGUGACGAUAACAUUACUACUGCUGCAAACACACAAACGACAAAUUCUUCUAAUUGCAGCCACACAGCCAGCCUUAAAUAUGAUUCCACAUUUGAGUCCACAACUUUCAAACAAAGCCUAUAUGAAUCUCAGCUUGAAGACUAUGCCAAUGACAUUCAGAGGAAAUAUGACGAGGGCACUCUCACCAUGAUGGAGUUCUUAAAACUGUUUCACAUAGACUUUGUCAUUCAUAAUCCCCGACAGAGUGUGGCUCCUCGGAGAGUUUCGUCAGAUGCAGAGAGCACCCUGAUGGAUUUGUCCCAUGAUAGACACAUUAGCUUACCCAAACAGCUGGUUUAUGAGGCUGAUGUGCGCAGCUUGACAGAGCAGGUCGAAGGGCUCAAAGUUCGAAUGCGUGACCUGGAAAAACCGUUGACACUGGUUAAUAGGACUGUAUGGGAAGAGAUUGAAGACUUUUCAGAGCAAGAGUUCAAAUCUUUUGGCACCAAACUCAAAGAAAGACACAACUUCUACAGAAAAAUGAGCAAGGCAAAGUCACAUGAAAUGAAGGAGGCCCUGUAUGCAAAUCUAAUUCAGGCCAAUGUGGAGGAGCAAAAGAAGCUGAGUGGAUCAAUUGAGAAAGCGGAUGCUAUGCUCAAAAGCCUUGAUGACUGUAUUGCAGAUUUAGAAACAGAGCUGGCAACCAUUGAAAGCGACGUCAAAUCUCAUCAAGAAGAACUGAAUAACGUCAAAGAGGCCACGAGUAACAAUGAAAAAUCUGUAUCAGAGUUGGAAAUCCAGAAAAAACAGAGCCUAAACAAGUUGAGAAGAGUGAAAGACGAGACCAAGAACCUGGACAGACACCUCACCAUGCUGCACACCAUAAAUGAAUGGAAGCUGGUGGAAAUCACAACCAGCAAUGCGAUCUACACUUUUCUCUAUGAAACUUUGCACUUGGAGUUGAUCUUUGAAGAGUCAGAAGGAAACGAUGAAGACAGAAAAAUAGUUGACAUCUCCUUUAAACAUUUGCUUGAUGAGAACUCAGAGUGUCACGCCCACCUCGUUCACACUCUGGUCUCUCAGUUCACACAAGAUAAGAGUUUGACAAGGAAAUACUCCACCAGCAAACACGUCCCUGAGCUGCUCCAUGACGUUAGCCUGGUGGUGACUCGCUGUCGGCAGCUGGGAGAGGAGCUGCGGAGACUCAAAUCCUGGGGCAGUCUGCGCUUAGACAUCCUGGACAUCCAUUGUUUGCACUCUGAAAUCCACAUUACCUUCAGCAGUCUCAGGACAUUCCGAAAGUUUGAGGUGGUCUUCUCUGUCAGCUUGAACAACCAACAUUGUGCACUUGAGCUGAAAAGUUUCAAAAACAUAAUCGGAGACACAACGUCACAGAACAUUGAAGAAAUUGUUGCUUCUUUCACUCCAGGACAGAAAUACCUGACAGGGAUCAUCAAAACCAUCCACAGUAGUUUACUUUGUUAAUGAAAACACGUAAAUGUCAACCUGUCAAUGUUGCAGCUAUACUUGCAGUUCUGUAUGCGUCCUCUAGGCGGUGCUCUUGAACUGACUUUUCUAUUGUAUAUCAGCUCUGCCCAUUAUCCCAAGUCUUCAAGUCUUACCUUGAGGCUGUGCUUUUUAAACACAGCUCUGUACAUAUAUGUAUUUAAGUGUUUAUUCUGUCUGUUUUGUAAAUCUACUUUUAGUAAAAAUAUAAUAAAAUAAAAUAAAAAAUAAAAUAUAAUAGACUGAUAAAAUAAAUCAGUGUUUCUAAACGGUU